CGGCGCCGGGGGCGUGGCCAAAGUCCCCCCAACCACUCGCUCGCCUGUUUGUGUAAGUGAGUGAGUGAAGAGAGCGGUGCUUUGGGGCCGCUGGUCCUGUUUCGGCGACUAUGGCUCACCGCUGCCUGUGGCUGUCGCGAGGCUGCUGCCGGCGUUCCCCCGGCGGGAUCCCCGGGGCCGCCCAGCGGCUGCUUUGGGGCCGAGGCCCCGCAGCGCCUUCGCGCUACCUGAGAUUGCUUCAUGACCAUGUGGCCACACAAGUUCCUACAAACAGAAGCAAUGUCCUUGCAAGUGUAAUUGCUGUUUACAGGAAGCUCUUCUCCCAACCUCCAAAAGGUUUUGAAAAAUAUUUCCCUGAUGAAAAGAAACCUAAUGAAACAAAGGGCUCAGAAGGAGAAACUAAAGAUGUAAAGCAAGCCAACUCCCAGCGCCCUUCCAGAACCAACAGUGGAGGAGGAGGAGGAAGCAGUGGAGGAGGAGGGAAAAAAGGUGGCAAGAAAGAAGAUACUAACUGGUGGUCCAGAAUGCAAAAGGGUGACUUUCCCUGGGAUGACAAAGAGUUCCGUUUUUAUUUCAUGGGCACUGCAAUUUUCUGGGCUUUUGCUACAUACUACGUUUUCUUCAGGAAUGCUGGGAGAGAAAUCACAUGGAAAGACUUUGCCAACAACUACCUUUCCAAAGGAGUGGUGGACAAGCUGGAAGUGGUGAACAAACGCUUUGUUAGAGUGGUUUUCACCCCAGGGAAGUCGCCAAUUGAUGGGCAAUAUGUUUGGUUUAAUAUUGGAAGUGUGGACACAUUUGAGCGGAAUUUGGAAACUGCACAGCUUGAGAUGGGGAUAGAAGGGGAGAGCCGGAUACCUGUAGUGUAUGCAGCAGAGAGUGAUGGUUCCUUUCUUCUGAGUAUGUUGCCAACGGUCCUUAUAGUUGGCUUUCUGCUCUACACGUUAAGAAGAGGACCUUCUGGAAUGGGCCGAACAGGACGGGGAAUGGGAGGACUCUUCAGUGUGGGUGAAACAACAGCCAAAGUCUUGAAGGAUGAAAUAGAUGUGAAGUUCAAAGAUGUAGCUGGCUGUGAGGAGGCUAAAUUAGAAAUAAUGGAGUUCGUCAACUUUCUGAAAAACCCAAAACAGUACGAGAAUCUUGGAGCAAAGAUCCCAAAGGGAGCUAUUUUGACAGGACCUCCAGGCACAGGGAAAACUCUUCUAGCAAAAGCAACAGCCGGAGAGGCCAACGUCCCUUUCAUUACAGUCAAUGGGUCUGAGUUCUUAGAGAUGUUUGUCGGCGUGGGUCCUGCUAGAGUUCGUGACUUAUUUGUUCUGGCUCGUAAAAAUGCCCCUUGCAUUCUCUUCAUUGACGAAAUAGAUGCAGUGGGAAGGAAGAGAGGACGGGGUAACUUUGGAGGGCAAAGUGAACAAGAAAACACACUGAAUCAGCUGCUAGUAGAAAUGGAUGGUUUUAAUACCACAACAAACGUAGUUAUUUUGGCAGGCACGAACAGGCCAGAUAUCCUGGACCCUGCACUUAUGAGGCCAGGACGUUUUGAUAGACAGAUCUUCAUUGGGCCGCCAGAUAUAAAGGGAAGAGCAUCUAUUUUCAAAGUUCAUCUUAGGCCCUUGAAGUUGGAUAGCAGCUUGAAUAGAGAUAAUUUAGCACGAAAACUUGCAUCACUUACUCCUGGAUUUUCAGGUGCGGACAUAGCUAAUGUAUGCAAUGAAGCUGCCUUAAUUGCUGCACGACAUCUUUCAGAUGCCAUAAACCAAAAACACUUUGAGCAAGCAAUUGAACGAGUGAUAGGAGGUUUGGAAAAGAAGACACAAGUAUUGCAACCAGAGGAGAAAAAGACAGUAGCGUAUCAUGAAGCUGGCCACGCAGUUGCUGGGUGGUUUUUGGAACAUGCUGAUCCACUUUUGAAGGUAUCUAUCAUUCCUCGUGGCAAAGGACUGGGUUAUGCUCAGUACUUGCCGAAAGAGCAGUAUCUUUACACCAAAGAGCAGCUGCUGGACAGGAUGUGCAUGACUCUGGGUGGGCGUGUGUCAGAACAAAUCUUCUUUGGAAGAAUCACAACAGGGGCCCAAGAUGAUCUAAGGAAAGUUACUCAGAGUGCAUAUGCUCAGAUUGUUCAGUUUGGAAUGAAUGAAAAAGUUGGGCAAAUUUCAUUUGAGCUUCCUCGGCAAGGAGACAUGGUAUUAGAAAAACCAUAUAGUGAGGCAACUGCAAGACUGAUAGAUGAAGAGGUGCGAGUGCUUAUUAAUUCAGCUUACGAACGGACAUUGUCUCUCCUAAAUGAGAAGAAGGCAGAGGUGGAAAAGGUUGCUUUACAACUCCUAGAAAAGGAGGUUUUGGAUAAAAGUGAUAUGAUUGAAAUGCUUGGCCCCAGACCAUUUGCUGAAAAAUCUACUUACGAAGAGUUUGUUGAAGGCACAGGCAGUUUAGACGAAGACACAUCACUUCCAGAAGGCCUUAAAGACUGGAACAAAGAUCGUGAGAAGGAGAAAGAGGAGACGACAGAUGAGCAGAUUGCCAGACAGAUUACAGGAGACAUGCCUUUUUAGUGUUGAAAUAUGGUGUUGUAUAAACUGGCACAGUGCAUGUGUUGCACACUGAAAGAAAAUGAGGGAACAUGUCAGAGUCUAGUCUUCAAGAAUCCUCAGUUGGAAAGAAGCAAGCCUGCAGCAGUGGUAGAGCCAGGAAAGGUUGUAUUUGACAGAGGAGGAUUCAAAUUCUAGUAGGUCCUGCUUCCUAAAAAUCUGCACAAAAAAUGUGGAGACCUUGCAGCUUAUGGAUCUGGACUGAGUCCCCUUCUUUCAACUUUUUAGAUCCAUAUCCGAGUUGUGCAACUCUUGCCCAUCACCAGAUACAUUUAAGAGGACCUAGAUUAAUGUACUGUCAUGGAUAACGGGGGGAAAUCAUCUGCCUGUCUUUAAGUGGCCUCCAUCAAAUGCAAGUUGUUAGCACACAAUAAAUGCGUUGCUGGUGCUUACCAGGAGUCAAAGUAAUUUAUGACAAUACUUCUUCUAUUCUGCAGAAACAUCUACUUAUCACCCAACUCUAUAAAUUUAUUUCUGCCUUUCCAUUUGUUAAACAAAGCUGUGCUGGUGUCCAUCGUGAAAUUUGAAGCCUGCUAAAGAGCUUUUCCAAUAGAAUUUUGGGUCCGAGGCUGGAAUAAUGUGUAAAGUCUAAAUUAUAUUAUUGCUGUUUUAAUAAAGGUUUCUUUUUUUACUGGCAGUUGUACAGUAUUGAACAUAUGAUUGUAUUGUAUUUUGUAAAUACAGUUUGGAAACAUUAAAGAAAAUUGGCACACUGGACUUCAUGAAGAAAUUCUCCAGUCAAGAGAGGCUAUAAAUAAAAGCGUUCUGUGGUAAAA